ACGUGAAAUGCUACAACCUCGGCCUCAAGGAGAACUGGGUGGAGGUUCUCGGAUCUAACUGGGCGCUCACUCUUAUUUGGCCUCUAAGUAAGUCGAAGUUACCCCACAACGGUGUAGAGUGGGACACUAAUGAAUCCUGGAAAUUAGAAGCUCCGAAGAACAAAUAGAUUGAUGUUUUGAUGGAGUUAUGGAAACAUGGAGUCAUGGAGUCAUGGAGUCAUGGAGUCGUGGAGUCAUGGAAUCAUGGAAUCAUGGAAUCAUGGAGUCAUGGAGUCAUGGAUAGAAAGAAUCCAAGAAAUAAGAUAAGAAAAAAGUAAAAUACCAAUGCCAAUUUAAAUAUUUUGAUCUCAAACUAUAAUUUUAGAAAUGCUCAAAGCGGCAAUCUUGUUAGAUUUAAUAUUUAAUAAUGUCUAGUCAAUAGUGAACUACUUUAAGUUGUCAGAUCUAAUAUAAAUUUGUCAAAGCUAAGUUUUCCAAAAAUUAUUUUGAAAUGUAAAAAAGAAUUAGUCUGUUUAUCUGUCUCCAAAACUAGUUAAUAUUUAAUAUUGCUAUUUCUGUAAAUUUCAAGUAAGAGUUCGCUUAACUUAAAGGGACCCUAGACGUAAUUAAAAAAUCCCCCUCAACUAAUGGAUUGGCGAGUCCGAUUCACAACGGUACUAUUUUAGCCUCCAUCUUAGUAUCAAUGAGGGAGGUUUAGUCGUGGAUCUUAAUUUUGAACAUUUUACUUCAAUGCAUCCUUUAUCAGAUAAAGGUUUUGAGUCGUACAAUACAACUAUUUAAAUCCUGAUACUACUUUAAAACGAAAAGAAACCGGAAAGAAAUAAUCCUUUAAAUUAUAAUUAAGAAAAUAAUGUCAAAUACCCCUUAAUCCUUCUUCACUUCUCUCCUCCUCCAACUAUCCACCUCCCCCCCUCCCCCUUCUCACUUUAUCCUAGUUAGCGCAUUAAAUGGCUUCCUUUGAAUAUUUUCCUGUUCUCCACGUACUCAAUAACCUUUACAGAUGAAGUGCGUACACAAACUAGUUUUACGCUUUAGCUUGACAUGAUAACAAUUAUUUUGCCAAAUUAGACUCACCGAGCUUAGAAUGAGAGAAAUGUGAAUAAAUCUUCAGCUUAUUCUUAAAGUAAUACUUGUAAUUUUCAAAGAAUUUGUUCACUAACUCUAGUCAUUAUAUGUUUAGUUAUUGUAGACGUUUAAUUGUUUUGUCAUACUGACUAAAACACCUGAUCUCUAUCUUUUAAAUUGUAGUCUAUUAUUAUAAUUACUAUUGUUGUUUUUUAAUUACAUUACUGUCAUCUUUAAUUAUCUGUUUUGUGACUUGUAAACCAUGUCUAUAGAUAAGAGAACUUUCCAAAUUUAUUAGGUUUUAAUAAUGAACAAUAAUCCAAUAUUUAUUUGUACUUGUAGUGGAUUUUGAGCUGGGAACUUUUGUGUCGGAUAAUGUAUAACGAUAAUCCUGAUUGUUUUAUCUCGAUAUCUAAAUAAGACACUUUCAAUUUGUACGCAGAAUAUGUUGAUCUUGGUUUUUUGAUUAUCCACACUUUCUUGAACGCAAAAUUAACUUUCUAAUUAGCUGUUCUUUUCCCCAGAUGAGACUCCACGGGAUAUCGAAUAAAAAUUAGAUUAAUCUGUAAAUUUACAACAUCUCGAGACCAACGCUUGAUCUCGAUAUCCACAAUAGAGGAGUUCCCAGCUUAGAGCUGAGAAUUUUUGAAUGGGAUAUCCCUAAUUCCGAUGUUUUAAUUAAUCUGGAGAUUUAUUUAAUUUCGAGAUUAAGAAAUAGAAUGGAUCAAGCAUUAAUCCCGACAUCCACCAUUCAUAAGUUCCCAGCUCUGGUCCCUUAACUCCAUUAUUGGGAUUUGUGCUCAAGUAUAAUGUUGUACUUAACCCAACAGUUAUAAAAGAGUUAUUGUGUUUACUUCCUGAAGAUUAAAGAGUACUUAACCUAAGAGUUUUAGUGUACUUUUUUCUUAACCUAAGGUUAAUAGUGUACUUAAUCUAAGGGUUAAAAUGAACUUUACGUAAGGUUAAGAGGUAACUUAAUCUAAAGGUUGGGUGAAUAACUAAGAGUUGAAAUGUACUUACCUUCAGAUGUACAAUAUUAAAAUGAUUAUUUAAGUCCAAAAGUUGUACGACUUUUACAAAAGUGUACUUUUUGCUAGGCUCUUCUCUUACAUGUUGUUAAAUGUUUGUUCUAUUUGCGCCUAAUUCAAUUAAUGACACACUUUAUCAUUUUGUGCUCAAAAAAUAUGUUAUUUAUAAUUUGUAAAAAUUAAUUUCAGAUUUAUUUUCUUUUGAAUUAAAGUGUUAGCGUCUAAAAAUGUUUCUUUGGGAUUGGUUCACCGGUGCUCUUGGAUACUUGGGUCUUUGGAAGAAGUCGGGGAAACUUCUCUUCUUAGGGUUGGAUAAUGCUGGUAAAACUACUCUUCUCCACAUGUUGAAAGAUGAUAGGAUGGCUCAACACGUUCCUACCCUUCAUCCUACCUCAGAGGAACUCUCUAUAGACAGAAUUAGGUUUACAACCUUUGACUUGGGUGGCCAUCACCAAGCAAGAAGGGUUUGGAAAGAUUAUUUCCCCGCUGUGGACGCGAUCGUGUUCCUGGUAGACAGCUGUGACCGAGCCAGGUUCGGGGAGAGUAAGGUGGAGUUAGAUUCUCUUCUAACAGAUGAACAGCUGGCGAACUGUCCUGUUGUCAUCCUAGGGAACAAGAUUGACCGGCCUGGAGCAGCUGGGGAGGACGAGCUCAGGCAAAUAUUCGGUCUGUACGGACAGACUACAGGAAAAGGGAAUGUUCCACGAAGUGAACUGCAUGGGCGCCCUCUUGAACUUUUUAUGUGUUCGGUUCUCAAGAGGCAGGGAUAUGGCGAGGGAUUCAGGUGGAUUUCCCAGUAUCUGGAUUAAUCCGUGUAACUGAUGCUAAAAUCUUCCGACAACACCUGCACCGAGAUCAACAGCUGACAUCAUCCGGAGAUAUCUGUGGGACUAAAUUUCAGCUGUAUUUAUACAGACUCGGG